CGCCCACCAUCCGGAAUGUAUUUGGAGUUGUUAUUGAGCAGGUGUCGGAAGUUUCUGGUACUCUGAUAUCGGUGCUUGUUUUGAUCGUGUAAAUUUCAGUGAAACUUUAACAACAUACUCUAUUUUCGUGACUUAAAACCGUAUAAGGUGGAAUUUCACGGCUGUCUGGAAAGACCCUUAGCGUAUUUAGCGUAAAGGCUUAAGCUAGCAACAAUGAAUCAAUAGCUAAUAACAACAGUUGUAGCACUAGCUGGUCAGUUAGUGACAGACCCUUAGUCUUCAUUAUGGAUUGUAGCGCGCUGGAGGUGGACGCUGUGAAAUUUGCAAAAUCAGCAGUGUUACACGAUCAGAAAGGGAAAUACAAUGAAGCUAUUUUCUUUUACAAGGAGGCAGCCCAAGCUCUUAUUUACGCUGACAUGGCAGGGUCCAAAUUGGAGAACAUUCAGGGAAAGGUGAAUGAGUACCUGGACCGAGUACAGACUCUACUCAGUGCGGUUCAAGCUCAGACCAGUGACCCGUUAAAGACCAAGCAUCAGCUGGACCUGGAACGUUCAUACUUUCUGGUAACCCAGGCUUUUGAGGAGGAUGAGAAGGGUAACAGUGAUGAAGCCAUUGAGCUUUACACACAGGCUGUGGAACUGUGCAUCCAAGCAUCCAAUGAGACUUCAGAUCAUGUGCUGCAGGGUAAACUGAAGCAACUAGCUCGCCAGGCACUGGACAGGGCAGAGGGACUAAAAGAUACUCUUUCGAAACCCACACCCCAGGAAAAGCCCACUUCUUCCACUGUUAAAGCUCCUGCUCCUGUGAGGCAGUACCUACCCCUGGGUCCAGAUUUCUCCCUCCAUGAUAAGCCACAGCCAGUGCGAGCAGUGCAGUCUAGUGAACCACAGGGCCAGCGCUACACACAAGAGGAGAUAGAAGUGCUCAGGAAUACUUCCAAGAUAAAUGGAAUUGAAUAUGUGCCAUUCAUGAGUGUUGACUUGAGGGAACGCUUUGCUUUUCCUGUUCCAUUUUCGGAUAAAUGUGGAAAGCUGGCCUUAUCUCCUAAACAGACAGCCAUCUUUUGUCGCUGGGUCCGACCUGAUGACAUUUGUAACAAUCCCACCAUGAUUUUCACUGUGUCGAGCUUUAGCAUCAAACAGACUGUGGUAUCAGACUGUUCUUUUGUUGCCUCUUUGGCCAUCAGUGCAGCAUAUGAGAGACGCUUCAACAAGAAAUUAAUCACGAGCAUCAUUUAUCCUCAGAAUAGGAGGGGUGAGCCAGAGUAUAACCCAUGUGGGAAAUACAUGGUGAAACUGCACAUCAAUGGGGUCCCUAGAAAGGUGAUCAUUGAUGAUUUCCUCCCAGUGGACCGCAAUGGUGAGCUACUCUGCUCCUACUCAAGCAACCGAAACGAGCUGUGGGUUUCCCUUAUAGAGAAAGCCUAUAUGAAGAUGAUGGGUGGAUAUGAUUUCCCUGGCUCCAACUCUAAUAUUGACCUGCAUGCGCUGACUGGCUGGAUUCCAGAACGCAUCGCUAUGCACUCAGACAAUCAGUCCUUUAGCAAGGACGACACCUUUCGCAUGCUUUACCAAAGGUUUCAUAAAGGAGAUGUCCUAAUCACUGUAGCAACAGGUGUAAUGACUGAGGAGGAAGGGGAAAGGUGGGGCUUAGUGCCCACACAUGCCUAUGCUGUGUUAGACAUCAGGGAAUACAAGGGGAAGCGCUUCCUGCAACUGAAGAACCCUUGGAGCCAUCUCAGGUGGAAGGGCCGCUACAGCGAGCGGGAUGAGAAGAACUGGACGCCAGAUCUACUGAAGUACCUCAAGUUUGACCCCAAAACUGCACAAAAGUUUGAUAACGGUGUGUUCUGGAUCAUCUGGGAAGACUUAUGUCAAUACUAUGAUGUCAUCUACCUGAGCUGGAAUCCUGGUCUUUUCAGAGAGUCAUCCUGCAUACACAGUAGCUGGGAUGGAAAACAGGGUCCAGUGAAAGAUGUAUAUAGUUUGGCCAAUAAUCCUCAGUACAAGCUGGAGGUGCAGUGUCCACAAGGUGGCGCUGCAGUGUGGGUACUGCUAACAAGACACAUCACAGACAAGGAUGACUUUGCUCAAAACCGGGAGUUCAUCACUUUAGUGGUUUACAAGAAUGAUGGCAAGAAAGUUUAUUAUCCAAGUGACCCUCCCCCUUAUAUUGAUGGUAUCAGGAUCAACAGCCCACAUUACCUGACCAAGAUUAAACUGACUAGUCCAGGAACUCACACAUUUACACUGGUUGUCUCUCAAUAUGAGAAGCAAAAUACCAUCAACUACACAUUAAGGGUUUACUCAUUGUGCAAGUUUAAUUUCUCCAAAAUUUUAUCACCCUUCUCCCACACAAAAAGAAUAAAUGGCCAGUGGAAAGGGAUCAGUGCAGGAGGCUGUGGCAACUACAAGGACACCUACAAGAAUAACCCAAUCUACCAGUUCAACCUGGACAAAUCUGGACCUCUGCUCAUUGAGCUUCGAGGCUCCAGGCAGUACAGCGUGGGUUUUGAGGUCCUGACAGUGUCCACCGUAGGAGAUGCAGGGACUUCAGGUAUCCAGAAAAAGGGCAGUGGAGAUUACAGGUGUGGUUUCUGCUAUAUGGAGCUGGACCAUGUCCCAGCAGGCAUCUAUAAUGUCAUCCCCACCACUUUCCUGCCCAAACAAGAAGGGCCUUUCUUCCUAGAUUUUUUCAGUGCAACUCCUCUUCGAGUGUCUCAGCUCCAGUGACAACUCAGUAGCGACUAAUAUAAACUGUAACACCACAAAAGAUCAAGGAAUAAAACUUUCAUACCAGUUUCCCCACUGGUAUCAUGCCUGUUGUUCCUCUGUUCUCAUCAGUUAUGUCUCCUGCCACAAUGUAUAGUUGAACAGCUCACAACAGGCUGUUUACUUGGCACUCUGUGGUUGGCCUGGCACAAUACUUGGAAUGAGCUAUUAAUGAAGAAGCAUGUGCUCCAUUAUCAAAGCACUAAAUUGUGUUGAACAUGAGUGCAUACUUUUUUUUUUUUAAUUAUUCCACUCAAAAGACUGCAAUAAACUGUUUAGUGUUGUAAAGUACUUAGGGCUCUUACUUUGGUAACUGAAGUCUGGUGGGGCAGUAUGUAAUUGUAUGAGAAUGACAAUCAUAGCAUUCAUCUAUGUAUACAUGGUUGGUUAGUCAAAAUUAUGUUAACUAAUGGAUUAUUUUUCUCCUGCAGAUAGACAUAGGCCAUGAGUGAUGGAUUAAAUGAUACUGUUGCUCGCUGGUUUUUGUGUGUUGAACAGGUUGAGACUGUCCUGUAAGUCAUCUUGCACAUAUGAUGCAUGUUUUGUGAAUUAAUUGGUAGAAGCCAUUUAGUGUUAAUAUAAUUUUGACUAACCCUGUGUAUUAAAACUAUGCCAGAUUAAUUAUUUUGCUACUUUACAAAUUGCAUUUUAUUUCUGGGAAGGAAUAUGUUUUCUACUUGUGUUCAGUGAUUAUCUUCAGAUUCCAGAAAAAAAAAAAUCACACUGAAGCCAAAUUAAUAUGUACAGUUAUCUACUUUACAGCAAGUGCAUCUCAUCUUCAGUAAUAAAGAAUGUGGGUAUUUAUAGAGAUGUUCCCCAUGUUUAACCUUUUAAUUUCAUCCCUCAGACGCACUUAUGUCAACUGAAAUAAAAUGAAGGUUCAGAUCACCAUUUUUAUCCUGAAAA